AUGCCAUCCCAACCAGCUUUGUUGAAUGGUCAAUUAAUUCAAAGGAGACAGUAUGCCACAAAUACGAACAAGGAUGAUACGAACACAGAAUCCCUACAACGUGUCUACUAUGGUUCAUUGGCACCCAGAAUGAAAGCUGUAAAGUUUUUCUCUUUGACCACUAGUUUUGCCGGUCUUGCUGCCCAGCCAAUAUUAAUGGAACAGGGUAUGAAGUUAGGUGGCACGGGAAUGGCUGUUUUCUUGUGUGGCUUUGCCGGAUUCUUUACAUUUGUAACACCCUUUCUGUUGCACUUCGUUACCAAGAAAUAUGUUACAGAGAUCCAUUAUAAUCCUCAGACGGAUGAAUACAUAGCCACAACAAUAUCAAUUAUUUUGCAAAAAAUUAAGACCAAAUUUAGGCCCAGUGAUGUUAAAGUUCCCGAGGUACCUGGAAUGUUUACCUCGUUCGUGGUGGACGGUAAACCUCUAUUUGUGGACCCAGCCUUAUUUGAUGAUCCAGAGCAUUAUGUUCGUAUUAUGGGCUAUGAUAAACCCAUUGAUUUUAAGCUAGAAACUACAAAUAUAUCAAAUGAAAGCGACAGUAAUAAAUUAAAGAAAUAA